GGCAUCGCGCGGCGUCUCGACGGUUGUUUUGUUUGAGGUGUGAUACGGACGGAGAGAGUCAAGCGCUGCAUUGACGACUCGGCAGGUGACAUCUACCAGCGGAUGAUAAGAAAGGACGGGAACUUUCGUGACGACAAGAGCCCACCGGCAAGACUCAUGCUGCCGAGAUAAGCACAUCGGCAAGGAGCUCUUGCCGACAGCGUCGGUGCCACGAAAGAGACCCGGCACCUCGUGGAAUGGCCUCACCACGGCUACGGUGCGGAAGGCAAGCCGUUGCCGGGCUGCCCAUGUCUGCACUAUGGUUCGGGGCGGUAGUGCUACUGUCGUGCCUGGCUUCUUGGGCAUCGGGAGCCCCGUACAGAGGAAGCCAAUGGCUGCGAGUGCCCUUCAAGUACCACAAUUACGAGGACAUGACGGGUGUGCUGAUCAAUGCGACGUCCGUCAGGCCGGACCUGGCGACUCUUUACUCCGUCGGACAGUCAAGACAAGGUCGAGAGCUGUGGGUUCUCAUGUUGUCGUCUCGUUCAACGAAUGACAAACUACUGAAGCCGUCCAUGAAAUACGUCGCGAACAUGCAUGGGAACGAGGCUGUGGGCAAGGAGCUCAUGCUUCAGCUGAUAGCCCACCUGAUCAACGGCUACGACAACGACCCGCGCAUCCGAUGGCUGCUGGACAACACCAACGUCCACAUCAUGCCCAGUAUGAACCCCGACGGCAUGUCCAUCUCCAGGGAAGGACAGUGCGUCGGCUUACGUGGACGGUACAACAGCGCCGGCGUGGACCUGAAUCGCAACUUCCCGGACCCGAGUCACACGGUGCGCAAUGUAGAGGAGCCGGAGACGGCGGCGGUGCGCAAGUGGAUCGACACCAUCCCCUUUGUUCUUUCGGGCAACUUGCACGGAGGGGCCAUGCUGGUGCGGUACCCGUACGACGACACGUACGGACAGAACACCGUGGAGUCGAGGACGCCCGACGACGACGUGUUCCAGCACUUGGCGCGCACCUACUCCCUGAACCACCCGACGAUGCGACAGUUCUCGUGCGAGCGUCAGACCUACCACGACGGCAUCGUCAACGGCGCCAAGUGGUACCCGUUCAAGGGCGACAUGCCGGACUACACGUACGUGCAAGGCGGUUGCAUGGAGGUCACGCUGGAGCUGUCGUGCUGCAAGUACCCUCUGUCCUAUCAGUUGAAGCGUUUCUGGAUGGACAACAGGAAGCCUCUCAUGAAGCUGCUAGAAGAAUCGCACAGAGGCCUGCGAGGAAUCAUCACGGAUGACGAAGGGUACCCCGUGGCUAACGGAAGGCUCAUGAUCAAAGGACGUUACAUGCCGUUCAGGACAAGCCACAAGGGCGAGUACUGGAGAAUCUUGCUGCCUGGGACGUAUACACUGAUGGCAUCGUCUCCAGGACACGACGACGCUGAGGUACCUGUCCAGGUCGUCGAAGGCCAAACGACCGUUGUAAACAUUACGCUGGCUCGCAAAAUCCGCUCCUACUAUCCGUCCGGCGUCGAAUACGACAAGUCUGGACCGAGCCACAGUAACCUUUAUAGCAACGUAAAACCAAACCUCGAAGACGAAUACGACGUCGACACGACCGACAACUCGCUCUCGGCUCCCAACUUUAACAACCUGGAUCCCUUCGUUUCGCAAGGCAAGAACGCGGCAGUUCAAGAAAAAGAGGCUCCGACCCAGUCGAUAGCGGACUACUAUCGCGCUCUCUACCAAGCAAUACGGACUCUCUCAACUGGAGAAGCCCGCCACAAGCCAGUGAACUUUGAUACAAACUCACACACGAGUGGACCUUCCAAUUUCCAGGAGCUACCACUCGAGAGACGGGCGUACACCUCCGCGGGAAGCAGUCCGGUUGGCGCCACGGCGAUUCAACGUCGCACGUCCGUCGACGAAGAGUCAGAGUUCCUCGAGAACACCCAACUCGAAGACCCGCUGAACUACAGCUACCCGGUGACGGCUGUUCCAAGAACGACACCCGCUCCCACAGCACUACCGCCCUAUACACGGUCAGGAGAGCCGGUUGAGGUCGCUGACCAUGGUGGCGCUCAAGAACGUACCGUCUCGUUCGUUUCCAACGGCGGAGUGCCCCAGAGCCAAGAGACUACGACGAGUGUGAGUCGCGACGUAACACUGAGCGAUGCGCCGAUCCUCGGCGCCGGCGCGCUUGACGACGUCGCUGCCGUCACCAGAACACCGCCGAUUUCUAGCACUGGAAGAUGGGUGACGGGUGGUCCUUUGGAAAUGACCCUCAGGACCGACACCGUGCAUGUCAGUGGACAAAGAGGGCCGACGAUGUAUACUUCCGUUGGACCCGACCAAAACGAAACGGCGGCAACGUGGAAGCCCCAGCAACGCCAGCCAACCACACAGCCCACAAAGCCUCCCGUGUUCAGGAACCAAAUGACAGUCUCAUCACCUGAUGUCAACCAAUAUGAGCACUCAUCCACUGGACGGGACAAAGGGACGCCGUCAGCAAAGCAUGCCCAAGCUAUAGGUACACACAGCACAACACGCAGCCAUACGACUGAUAGUAGAUACGCAACAGCAGAUGGCGAUACGCAGAGCAUUCCACAGCGCUCUAAGACUACGCGAACGACCAAAGGUAUAAUCACGGCUAAUGGUGAAUACAGGACAACGGCUCGUCCCACCGAUAUCAGCGAAGGCGUCAAUACAGCACCUGACAGACAGGCCGCAGAGAAGGUGUUUUACACACCAGAGCCUCACAAAGGAAGCUCGCAGUCGCAACGCAUGGUCAGUAUGUCGCUUCAAGACACAUUACCCGCUUCUAUAUUUGCCAGCAAAACUACAGAGUCGCAAGCAUCCUCGUCAUAUUUCACCGACCCCGAGACGGAUUCGAGAUUGCCUGCGCCGGAGCAAAGUUCGGGAGAUGUACCAGGUGCGGAUUCAAACACCAAUUUUUCACCUCCUCCAGAAAACCGACCAAGAGAUGAACCGGUUCAGGAAACACCGACAGAGGAGCCCCCAUCACCCUCACCUACAACUAUCCCACUUAUUCGUACUCCAGAAGGAAUAAGGCCUACCGAAAAGGCUUACCUAAACGAUGAGGCUGUGACUAGCAGCGUUGAAUAUGAUCCCGAACAUUCGCUUUCACCAGGAAGAAGAAAGCCUAGUGGCAGGCCAACCGUAGCUACUACAAGACAACCGACACCAGACGCCGGCUCGGGUGUUCCGACAUUGCAAGAACGCAAGUACGCUGCAAGCUUGCCGAAGCUGAAUCCUGCAGCCAGAGUAGAAGAACAGGGGACACCUAGAUCCUCGAAUAGGCGAUCUAACGGCACCUUAAGGUCGAGGACAAGCGACCCAGAAUAUACAGUACUGCUGGAAGACAAGCAACAGCCUCAGUUGUCACACACAAGUCCACCCUCUCCUACGGAGAUAUUUGAGCGGACUCGGCAAAGAACACGAAAUUCUACCUCUCCGACACGGAUAGCAACGUCGAAUUCUGGCACGUCCCUUUAUUCUUGGGCAAAAGUAGGAAACACGGCAUAUGGCACGUUUCCACCCGAUGCAGAUCCAUCCAAAGGAAUUUCCUCUGAAGAUGUCCAAGAUGAGCCAUUUAGGAGAAUACCCAAAACUACGCAAGCCAGAACAACGCCGAAAAACCACCACACGGAUGCAAAAGCGCAUUCGACAGCAUCAGUGAGCCAGGGGAAGCCUGUGCACACAACGUCGAGGUACCGCCAAACGACAGUGCAUACACAUAAGCCGUUAACACCAACUCUUGUGCUCGACCAGCCGAAGCCAACCGCACGAACUAUCGAAGCGUCUUCGCAUUACAGCACUGAAAAGAAUGAGCCCAGUUCCACUAGUGCACAUCCUGCUUCGUCAACACAAGGCAGUGACGACCACCAGGAGCUCCGAUCGACGUCGUUCACUUAUGCACAAAGCAAGAAUACCGAGGAAACCCGAACGGCAACAGGUACAAGGUACUUCGCUCCAACGAAGAAAUAUUCACUUGGCUCUCGACAAACGUUUGCACCGAAGCCAAUGACGAGGAGUCAUCUCCGGCGUCCAUACGUCCCACCGACGGAGAAGCCGCCAACAGGCACACAACUGUCCGACUCAACCGGACGGCAGACCACUGGCAGCGAAAUUUCGUCGCAAGACAAUGCUCAAAGUUCAGGUUCAACAUUUCCGGAAGACACGGAUGCUCGGACCACACAGAGGGCAGGAGGAGUGCCGAUAGCAACCUCGCAGCCUGCGGUUGGACAAGCUUCACAAUCUACGUCCCCUGAGGAACACGCAAAACAUGAUUCGCUGAAUGGUGAAACCGAAUUGACCAAGUCAUCUCCCUAUGAGCCUCAUUCCCAACAACAGCUUGUUGUACGAGGGAGCGCAGUAACAGUGAAAGAGCCGACGGUCGGAAACAGCGCAAGAUAUACCCCAUCCACGAGGGCAACCGGCAGCGCAGUACGACACUCAAGCCCGGCACUAGGUGCUGUUCCGGGCACAUCACAACGCCACACGUCCCGGCCUCCGCAGCAUGCUCAAACAGAAACAGUCAGACCGAUUAAAAGGCCCGUAGUCUACUUAAACUCAGCGGAUAACGGCGGCUAUGUCCCCGCUCCAACUCAGGGAUCACAUUUCACGUCUGCCCAGGAGCCUCAGUCGGCUCAGCCACGACGAACUAAUAGGCCGCAACGGCCACAGCAUGCUCUUACUGAAGCACGGAAAAACUCGCCAUAUACGGCGCCUUUGCAAACAACUUUGACAGCGAGGCCGAGAACAGUUCUCCCAACAGCCCAAGACUCAUCACAAGUUUUAAAGCAGCGCAUCACCGAAACCCCGGAAGUACCGCAGCAAUCGUACAGCACGCCUAAUAGAGGACGUUAUUCUUCUUAUCAGGCUGUGAAUUCUCGUCCUUCACAACAGCCCUUGACAGAUGCCAUACCCGCAAAUUCCGGGCCUUCCUCUGGCUAUUACCGUGAUGCUGUCGCAGACAGCAAGGUAUUUUCGACUCCUCCAGAAUCAUAUGCAAACACAGCCAUUGACGCAGAGACUCAGAAGGAGUAUGCAGGUAUGGAACAAACUUCAUCAUAUGAUCAGGAUAACGCCAGGGCACUAACAGAUAUAACGAUGCCUACCGACAAGGCUGAGCUCCAAGAAACUUCCAGUUUCCGAGCUCCAGCUGACACGACGGCAGCGUUCACAUCGUACAAACCAUCACUGCCUCCCCAGCCUGCUUUAGUUACAUCUGAAAGGGGAACACCUAGACCUGCCCCAAGAGAACAUGUCACGAUUCCCGCUAGGCCGAGAGAGCAGCUCACAAGACCAAAAACGUUAAGCGAAGCAUCCGCGCCUCCGCAGGGAUCAUUCCCUUAUGAAAAUACAGGUGCAACACCAGAAGAACAAACAUCAUCUCAAGAACCGACGGGACUCGGAAGAAUGAUAGUAAAGGAGCUAACAGCGGCGCAGGUCUCCAGUCAUCCAGAAAAGAUCUUCAAGAUUCAAGGGACCGUAACGCUGGAAAAUGCAAGCCCGAGAGCUCAAGAUACGACAAGCGGCAUGCCCAGAGGUGUGACGCUUACUCCUAGGCCAUCUGAAAUUGAUCACAGCUCAGGACAGACCGUGACAGGUCACCAGACCGCGGCAGGAAUCUCAGAAACCAACGGAAAUAGCCGUCGCAUUUUUCCAGCGAGGACGCCGUCAAGACCAACACGACCAGGAACCCAAAGCCCGCCUCUGUACACUGAGACGAGUCAAAAGCGACCCUAUAGGCCUACUGUGCCACCUCGAUUCUCAACAUCCAGUAUACCAAAGCCGCACAGCUCCCUUGGACCAUUACCAACAGACAGAACGCAGUCAACGUUGAAUGCGUCUCCAAAAGCUAGUGCUGUGACUCGUGGUGAUGAGCUACAGUACGUUGAUGAAGGCACCUACAGUGUUCCCGCAGUCUCAAGACAGUUUCAGACAAAUGAAGGUCUUGUGCCGACAGCACCUAGAGAUGACAUUACGACCCAACAUCAAAGUCCAGGUCAAGAACAUCAGCAGCACGCAAGCACUUCCUACACAGACCACACAUAUUUCCCGAAAAGCAGUCAAGCUCAAGCGCAGACGCAAGUUGAUCACUUUCGAGAUGCGGCGGAGCCGGUCACAGAUAAUCCUGAGACUGCACCACCAUCACCGCAACCAACUGACUCGGGCAUAUCAACGCAAGGAACGGCAACCGCGAAUGUUGGAACUGAACAAGCGCAUAGAGGCGUGGCUCAGGAGCAAUUCGUUCCUACUUCUCGCAAAAUUAGGCCCCCUCAGUCUCCCCAAUUUAUGUUCCAAGAGCACACUGCUAAAGUGCCCUCUGAAGAACUCAGAACAAGUGUGCUACGCGCAAUUAGCGAACCGAACACAGUUGCAUUCACAGUAACACAGAGACAACAAGACGUAGCAAACACUUCGACUCCAAGGUACACGAAUGUGUACACUUUCACGACAAAGCACGAACUAAACAGGCCUGGAGCGGUUGCAUCACAGGCAGAAAAAGCUGAAGAUGUACGGCAAUCACACCAGAUAAGUGAUAAACCCUCAACCCAAUCUACUUAUGGAACACAACGCCAGCACCAACCUUUCAGGGAAGCAUCCGAGGAAAAACUUCAGGUUCGUCCUUCGACAACGCCUGUUUUAUUCGAAUAUGACCCUGAGACCCGUGAUUACAUCAAGGCGACGCACCACACCGCACCUCCUGGAAGUCCCCGGGGCGGCAAUACCUUUUCCACACCGAUACAGCAGGGCCAACGGCGUCCUGAAAGAAUUCGAAGUUCUGUAAGCACUCACGAACCACAGGUGCCCAAUGAACCUUACGUGCUUCCUAGAAAUACAGGCCACACGGAAGACAAGGCUCUAGUGACGGCCCCAGCAAAAACACCUCAGAACAUUCAGCAAGAUCCGCUCAUAGAAACAGUAUCUACAGGUACAGCUGUGUACGAGAAACCGACAGGUGAGCCAGCUGUAUCACAUCAUGGAUCUACAGCCCAACAUGGAGAGGAAAGGCAACUUUUGCAUGGCCAACAGGACCACAGGGCCCAGACUACGUUCCCGAAAACCCUGGGACCUGCAGAUAGCAUCGGGGGGCAUGUGCCUCUAAAUCAACACCACACAUCUCAAACAAGAACUCCAGCGCUUCUGACGCUCGAAGACAUUCCGCCUGAACAGCUGCGCAGGGCCAUCGCUCUUCUCUUAAAAACGUCCUCGUUAAAGAACCCAGAUGACGCUAGUCGUGAGAGUUCAGUGCCACCGCCGGAGCACAAAGCGACUCCACCACAGAACACUCGAGCAGAAAUCGGCAGCAAUGUUCACCUGGGCUUAUCUCAUUACGAAUCUACUUCUGCUGAGGUACCAAAAGCUGUCACUCACGCGUCUGACUCCGACGUUUCGGCGCACAGUCAUCCAUUAUCGCAAAAGCAGCUAAGCGCAUCGCUCGUAGAUCGCACGCGUAACUAUCAAGACGGAACACGUCACCCAAAUGCCGCAUCUCAAAGUGAAGGUGAGCGUCACGCGCCCUCCAUAGAACCCGUGCGCACGCAAGAUAGAUCGCCUUCCGUGACGGGACACCCAGAGCAGCAUGCUUUUCCCGAAUCGCUGAUGGCCUACCACGACAGCCAGGAGCUUCACACCGUGCCACCUCAGCCUGGAAAUCCUCAGGAGUUUAGAACCACAACGUCGGCGGAAACGUCCACCGAAUUACCCCAUACUGAAGGCAAGGUUCCCGAUUUCUCGACGCCUGGACACUCGGCGGAAGUUAUUCAUGUGAAAAAUCUCGCGAAUCGUCCCGUUAGCAGGGUUCCCUCGGACGUAACGACCAGCUUUGGUGAACUGCCGAAACAUGCACGAACUUUUGAUAGACCUUCGUCCCACGAGGGACCCAACAACUCUGCGGAAAAGAACUUGAAUAUUCACACAUCGACACCAGGACAGCUCGUGACGGAGCAACCAUUCUUUUCCGAUGGUCAUCACGCUGGAACGCUGACUUCGCAGGAGCUGACAUCGCAAGCGCCCGCUCCGAAGGACAUUAGGUACGUGCCUCAAGACAUAUUUACCCCAGCUACUCCACCCCCGCCGCCCGCGGUCACCACACUCCCGCCCUCAUCGUUGGCACCGCCUCCGCACCUUUUCGGUCACAGCGAUGGCCACACAACUCCGAGACCCAGGACAACCACAAGCCCGCCACCCCUGCCUACCAGCCAAGAGGAAUACAGCGUCGAGCUCGCGAAAGCCAUAGCGAUUUUUCAUCGUCUCAUUAAACCGGAACGUACGUCCGCAGAAAAAAUGACUGCAGAUCGUUCGCCACCCGCCAACCAGGCCUUCAACAUUCCCAGCACACAAGUAGGGCCCACAGUCACAGGUGGUGGUUUCACCAAUACGCAACAGCUUUCGACGCACCCAACGCCGCUGCUCAAUGCUCAGCAGGGCUUCUUCAUCGACCGACUACGCGCCAUCCAGCAAAACACACCUGCACACCUUCUCCAAGCGACAUCGCUUAAUACACCGCUGAGCCUGACCACGGAUCCGAUGACUCUGUUCAACACAAAUCUGCAUCCUAUUCAGUUAGGCGGUCAACUGAACUCGCCCUUGACAACGGGCAGUGCGCAGCUGUCUUUCGAUGACGAUGGUAGUAUUCUAAGAUCGAGGUCUUCCAGAGACACGCCGGCUAAGUGCUGCUUCGAUUUGCCAAACGGACGAUUUGUAUUCAAGAUUGGGAAAAAGAAGAAAUGAUAGCAGCAGUCUUGUUCUUCUUCCUUAGGAAUACGAACUACUGGCCUUUAAAAAAAAGAACAUUGCGUUCACGACAGCGUUGUUGAAGUUUCCCGUCCACGCCAAAAUGGGACGGGUGCCAAAACCUUUGUGUGACAAGCUCAAAAUGAGUGCGAUUAUGGAGACUCCGAGACUACAUCCAAGCUGUCGUCUUCAAGCACUGGUGAGGAGCCGUCAGUCCGUGUCAGCCCUCUUUUCGGAGAGAAUGUUGAAGUCUUAAAGGAAGAACGUACUUACGCCACCGCGCUUAAAGCAAACAGAUCGAACAGCGCCUGGCGAGAAUAAUUGCGGGUCUUCAAGGAGAGGAAGAGAUUUCAUUCAAGACUAACAAGCAGCGCUUGUUUGUCCUUUUCUCGCCCUUCGUGUUUCCGUCCGUUUUUUGCGCAGUUGCAAUAAUCAAGCAGCAGAAGUUUAUGUGUUUUGGGAAGUGCAGGAGUGUUUUUUGCUGCGUCGAAGCCGGUGCAUCCCCCUGUGGAUUAAUGCUCUGUGCAACCAGUGAGUGUUCUUGUGGUGACUAGUACUCUGUGAAGCAUUGUAGCUGGCGCUGCUGGCAGUGCAAUGAACCAUACUGCAGGCCGCAUCAGUGAGGACGUUCAAACGCUGUAUGUCAGUGUGUUGUUGUGCUGUGAAAUGGUGUCGAACUUUGUUACGAGGUGUUUUGUGGAAAGGACAGCGAUGUUAUGCGAAGGAGGUGCUGCGUGCCUGAUGCUUGCUUUGUACAUUGUGCUGUUGAAGUUUGGCACUGGAAGGAAGUUAUCGUCAGAAACGACGAUGACUGAUGUUAAACGUACAAUUGCUUCGGCGAUGCCAUUCGAGUUUGUGCCAUGACAAUCGCCAAUAAAGUUAAAAUGUGUUCGUA